AUGUUGCGCAGGUGUUUUCAAAGCAGUAAAAGAGCUCCAGCUUUAAGACUUUAUCAAACUCAACGUGUCCAUGGUUGUUCGGUACAACACGGAAACAAAGUAACUCAGUCAUCUAACAACAUCUACAAGCAACGCAAAGUAAGCAAGCGACCUCUAGAUGGCCUCGAGUCAGUUUUUCACGAAUACCAUAAAACAGGGAUUGGUUUCUCGUAUCUUCUAACACCGAUUACAUCGAAAAUUCCAGUUGAAGAAGAACCCCUGUGCGAAGCCCUAACCAUGGUUUCAUACAAGCAACCUUUGCUUCGUGCAACAAUAACCGAAACCCCAGAGUUCAAAUAUUUCGAAUGCAUGGAUGGACGUACCAGUUUCGGAUUUUCAAUCCUAGAUCGAGACAUCAACGAUAUGGAGGUAAUCACAGAAGAAAUAUUCGCAAACACGAAGUUCGACUCAGAUGAUGGGCCUCUUUGGAAAGCCGUGUUAAUCCCAGGAAAAUUUAACUCAAGCUCAAAGUCAUACACAGGAGGACUGGCAUUAGCAAUAUCACAUGCUAUUGCUAAUGGGUCCAGUUUAACAGUUGUGUUGAAACAAACCCUCGGCUACCUUGAAAACAUUACCAAAGGAACAGCACCAAAUGUAGAAGAUAUCCCGAGACUACCACUAUACCCGAGCUCUGCGACACUUCUAUCCCAUAAACUUCAGAAACUCUCUACAUCAACAUCCUGCCAUCAAAAUGCAGACUACAUCAACCCAGUACUUUCACAGUUCCCUACCAUUGAAAACAAUCCACAAAAGUCUGAACCCAAAACGAAAGUCCUCAUACGUACCAUGCCACCCGACCAAUGUGUUUCCCUACUUCAACAAUGCCGAAAAAACAACAGCACAGUCACUGGGGCUAUCCUCGCCGCCUGUCAUUAUUCAUUCAGUGGUCUUCUCAAGACUAAUCAAUUCUGCGCUACUACUACAAAUGAUGUUACCUGCCUUACUGCUGUCGACAAAAAUCAUCGUCCUAGACUCCCGGCAGACUAUGUUGCCUGUCACUAUGGCUCGCUGACCUAUGAUGUCACACUACCCUCACCCAAUGAAGAUUUUUGGAAAGUCGCACAAUCGUUAACUCAAUCUAUCCACAAUGAUAUAAGCCAUGAUAACCACUUGGAAUUUGUAUCUAAAGUCGAAACAAACAGCAAAGGGUUUGUAAAACAAGUUCUACGACAAGGAAGCCUCAAACUGGCAUCCCGCCAAAAGUCAUCGCUGACUCUAUCCAAUGUUGGGCAAUUUUUCACAGACAAUACCCCCCAAAACCUAUUUCAUCCGCAAGGGUUCAUUGUUGGUACACCAAUUCAUAAACGAUUCGGAACUUUUGGGAAUUACAUUAUAGCUUUGAACGGCGCAAUAAAUCAUAUGUUUUGCUACGAUGGUAGUAUUAUUUCCCGAAAGAACGCCCAGAGAUAUUCAGACGGUGUCUGGGACGCAUUAGAACUUUCACUCUGUGAUAUAUAG